UAUCUUGGGGAGAGGCAAGUGGAGCCUGUAUUCCACUCAUGAUAGACCUCUCUGGUUAUUCUGUACUACAACGCCAAGUUUAUAAACAUUAAUACUGUUACUAUUACAAUUACUCUCAACUAUGGUCUUUGGGUAUUGUGAUGGCAGAUUUUGCUUACACUGACUAUGACUAUGAGUAUGACCAGGAAGGAGAUGGUGGGGACUACGUGGAUUAUUUUGAUGAAGAUAUAUAUGAGUUCCCAGUUGGAGAGCCUUGGGAAGAAGAGGAGGAGGAGGAGGAGGAGGACCCAGCAUCCCAGUUUACUCUAACAGAGUUGUACGAGUACUGUGUCGUUCCAACUGUCUCCGACUCUUACCUCCACCUCUGUAACUUGCUUGUGUGGUCCCUUGUCUUCACACUUACAACAAGAAUUGUACGCCCUCCUGCAUGGCUUGUGCACAUGGCAUCUACUGCAUGUGGUGGUGUGGUGGCUUGGCACCUGUUUGGUCUUCGUACAGGCUACAUGGCCUGUCUCACAGGAGUGGGAAGCCUGGCCCUUGUUGUUACUCACUUGGCAACUCGGUCUCGACGAGGCCCCUGGACCUGUGCGGCAUGUGUGGCUUUCCUAAUCUUUUGCGAGUUGUGGUGGGCUGAUCCCAUAGACUGGCAUAGCAUACGAGGUCCCCAGAUGGUCAUCUUGAUGAAGCUGGUGUCUGUUGGAUAUGACCUGGAUGCUGCAACACUUGCCAAUGCCCCCAACCCUCUAGAGAUGGCAGGAUAUGUCAUGAAUCCCGGCACUAUCAUUUUUGGUCCAUGGAUCUCCUUUGGCACAUACCUGAAAGUUUUGCAGCCAUUACCAUGGAGCCUUUGGUUGAUACCUGGCAUAGUCAUUCGGUUGACAGCAAGUAUCAUGUUUCUGCUGAUGUCUACAUGCUACACAUCCUGGCUGCUUCCAGACUCAAUCAAUCGAUGGGGACUGGCAUAUAGGGAAGCACUCUCCUUUCGACUUAGUCAUUACUUUGUGUCUUACCUGAGUGAGGCAUCUGCUCUUCUUGCGGGUCUCAAUAUGGGCAAGGUUGCAAGACCAUAUUUUAUUGAGAUUCCACGCUCUCUUGUUGAGGUGGUUAUAUACUGGAAUGUGCCCAUGCACCAUUGGCUGAAAACUUAUGUGUUCAAGACAGCACGGAACCAUCUGGGGAUCUUCUGGGCUUUGUUGCUCACCUACAGCAUGUCGGCUCUUUUCCAUGGUCUAAAUUUUCAACUGGCAGCUGUUCUUCUCUCACUGGGGUUUUACACCUUUGUAGAAUACUCACUGAGGGCCAAAUUAUCAAGUGUAUUCGAUGCCUGCAUAUUAGCCAGACCAUGUUCAGACACCUGCUUGCAUAAACAGAAAGCACGUUCAUGGUUCAGUUUGUCAACAAACCUGGUGUUUACUGUGUUGACUGUAUUCCACCUGGCGUACUUGGGAAUCAUGUUCGACUCAUCAUCUCAGCAGCAGGAGACUGGAUACAGCAUGAUUCAUACACUCAAUAAAUGGUCAAGCUUAAAUUAUGCUAGCCAUUGGGUCAUGUUUAUUUGCUAUGUUAUGUACUCUGUGAUAUAAUGCUACUUGUGUUGUUAAGUUUUUAUUGAAUAUAAAAAACAUACUGUACAGUAUAUUUUGUAUUCUUGGUUAAUGGACUUGUUAAAGAUAAUCAUGCAACUAUUUUGAGUAUCCUGUAUGCAGUUUUGUUUGCAUUAGUAUUUUAUAUUUUUAUAAAUGAUAAGCUAUAAAAAAAUACAGUACUGAAUAACAUAUUUUGUAUUCAAUUAAGGAAGUUAACCUUCAAAAUGCAGCUAUCAUCAAAAUUGUCACCUCACCUAUGGCUUGGCAUGGCAUGGCUGAAUACUCAUAAGGAUGUUCUGAAAACAUCAACACUAUGAAUGUAGGAGGCCUGGUCGACGACCGGGCCGCGGGGACGCUAAGCCCCGGAAGCACCUCAAGGAAGCACCUCAAGGUAACCUAUGAGCCAAGCUGUAUAAGGUUGAUGGGUGGUGGCGGCAGUCUCUCUAUUGUUGCUAUACACUAGGGGUAGCUGUCAGUUAUGUGGGGCAGAGGACUCAAAUGUUCACACUGAAUGUUCAUAUGUUUAUUAAUUCACUUAUGUACUGUAUACAUAUAAUUGAGAAAAAACAGUGCAGUGAUUGAAUACUGUAUAUAGGCCUACAACUUAAUAUGUACACGUAUUGCAUGUAAAGCUGGUCCUGGCACAGCUCAAAGAAAGUGUCUUGCAACCCACUCCAUUGAUGACUGUUAUCCAGGCAUAGAUUCAAAUCUAGCAGGAAAGACCAAAGCAUCAUUUGAUGAUAAUUGCAACCCAAUACAGUGGAGCCUCGAUUAACAAAUUUAAUCUGUUCCGGCACUGAGCUCGUCGUGUGAAAUGCUCGUCUUUCAAACGAAUUUCCCAUUUAAAAUAAUGGAAAUCAAAUUAAUCCGUUCCACUCCCAAACACACCAAUAUGACAUUUUAUAAUGUAAAUAUAAUACUGUACAUGUAAUUAUUA